AUGAAGGACCUUAUUACCAAGAAACAAGCAGUGAGUUACAAAUUGGAAGUAGAUCUCCACUUUUGCAGCGCUAUUUCUACAAGGAUCUUGAUGCAGAAGAAGUCGGAUCCAGGUGAAGUCACUAUUCCCUGCACAAUUGGAACCAUGGAAUUCACUAAAGCAUUGUAUGAUUUAGGAGCACGUGUUAACUUGAUGCCAUUAACUAUUUCUAAAAAAUUGGGCCUGGGGAACCCCACACCCACCAAUACGAGACUGGUGAUGGAUGACAGGUCAAUAAAACGACUUGUUGGCAUUCUAUAUGAUGUGUUAGUAAAGGUUUCAAAUUUCAUAUUCCCUACAGACUUUAUAAUCUUGGACUGCGAGGUGGACUUCGAGGUGCCCAUAAUCUUGGGUCGACCUUUUCUCACAACUGGAAGUAUGUUGAUCGAUUUGAGAGUGAAUAAGCUUUUAUUCAGGGUAAACGAUGAAGUGGAUGUGCUUAGAACUGAACGACUUAUUAUCGAACCUUUGGCUGUAGUCAUAAUAAACUAUGAUAGUGAAGGCAUUGAAGAGCAUGAAGAGAUAGUUUGUGCCGUGACUGGCAUAGGGUCAUAUCCUUAUGCUCCUAAGAAGUUGGACCUUGACCAAGCUAAUCGACCAACGCCACCAGCCAAGCGAUCUAUUAAAGAACCUCCAGUGUUGGAGUUGAAAGAGCUACCUAGACACUUACUAUAUGUGUUUCUAGGAAAAGGGAGCACGCUACCUGUUAUUAUUACAGCUGAUUUGGAAGAACAAUAG